AAACAGCAUCGUCGCAGCGCGAUCCGUCCGGAGGUGUACCUUCGAAAAUCCGCGAGUGUGUUCUUCAUGCGCGACGACCCGGCUCUGGCGAUCCUGUGACAGUGAACCGGCUGACGUUAAUAUGGGGACCACGGUGUCCUGGGCUCUUGUGCUGCAAAUGUUGUCCGUGCUCGUCCACGGCUACGACAACGUGGGGUUCGACGGCUGGUAUCAACCGGUUCCGCAUAGGCCGGUCGACAUCAUCACGGACGUUAUUAACGAUCUGGGCGUGCGGAUUCUGCAGCAGUACACGGGCCACGGGAACGUGGCAUUCUCGCCGGCAGGGGUUGGCUUCGUCCUGGCGGCGUUGUACGAGGGUUCAACGGGCAGAGGAAGGCAGCAGAUCGCGGACGCGUUGGGUCUGCCUCGGGACCGCGACAUCACCAGGCUCGGUUUCCGAGACAUCCACCGCAGGCUCAGGACGUAUCUGAACGCGGACGGUUUCCUGGGCGGCCUGACGCUCAACCAGGAGAACACGAGGCUGCGCCCGGAGUACGAGGACAUCCUGCGGUUCUACGGGUUCGACCUCACUGUCCCCGAGGAAGAAGCAAACGCUACUACGUCCACGCCAGACGCCAUGACCGAUCGACCGGUGACCGACACUAAAGCCCUGCCUCCAGACGAAGUAGCAACCACCCAGCAACCGACGCAAGAGACAACCCCGGCAGUCGAGCUGCUGGCAAUGACGCUGAUGACGGACACGUCGAACAAGUUAACGCAAACCACCUCUGCAACUACCGUCCUAAUGGACGCUACCGAACCAGCCACUUCGGCCAGCCAAUCCACACCUGGUCCGACGUCUACGAUGACACCGGAGAUUGCUACCACGACAGCCCCUGUCACUCUUGACGCGUCUACUGCCGCGGCUACCUUUCCAGUUACCACUAUUGCAGAUUCUACCACUCAAGCUGCAAGUACGGAGUCAGUCGCUCCAACUUCAACCAGUUCUGCCACUGUCCCGCCGUCUACUCUCGAGACGUCCACGGCGACAGAGGGAGUAACGGAAUCCGCUACACCUGGACAGACUACUAUGAUCCAGGACGCGGAUCCUGAUACCACUGUACCCGCGCCAGAGUCAACGACCGUCCCGACAACCGCUGAGACGACUAUCGCCGCGAUGACUACAUCAGUGCCCGCAGCUGAAUCGCCUACCGGCGCGCCGGAAGCUACGGGUUCGACGAUCCCCGACACCACGCCGGAGACUAGUCCGAGCACCGGACCACCUGAUGAGAAUACCGUUUCAACGGACGUGUCCAACAAUCAAACUGUCCCGGGCGAGAUGGGAUCUACAGAUUUGCCUGUUACCACUCCCGCUCCAGGAGAAACCGGGUCGACUGGACCGGCCGCUGCAGAAUCAUCCACUGUUAGCGACACGAUGACGAGGAGGAAACGCGCCGCGAGGAGCCCCAGGGGAUUCUUCUCCAGUUAUCCAGACGAAGGAAUCUGGAUGCAGGAUCUGGGCAUCUGGAAGCCCUACCCGCCGAGCCUGAGCGAAGCUUCCGUCAGGGACUCGACGGAGAUAUCGUUCCUGGUGAACGGCUGCGACGUGUCCUCCGUCACGGCGUCCAGAUACUUCGCCGUUCUGCCUUUCGCCCAUUUUCCGUCGCUCCACGCUGUCGCCCUUGAGUUUCCUUUAGACGAUCCCAGGUACAACAUUCUCCUCGUAAUGUCCACGGACCGAAGAGACACGUACCGUCUGGCGAGGGAUCUCGGCGGGAAGUCGUUGAGGCUGUUGCGGAAGCAGUUACAAGCCACUUGGGUCAGGGCCACCAUUCCGUCGUUCAUGCUGCGCGGUUUCGUCACCUUGACGUCCUUCCUUCAAAGGCUAGGUAUAGUAGACGUCUUUGAACCAAGGGCGGCCGACCUGUCGCUGAUGACCCCGGACCUGGGUGUGUACGCGAGGGACGUCCAGCAGAGCAUCGGCGUGAAUAUCAGGAAUUACAUGAAACCUGACAGAACCCAUUCUCGUGAGUCGCCCAAAUCCGACCCUCCCCCGAUCGUUCCACCUCGACGGGACUAUUAUCGAUACUAUCAUCCAGGUAACGGGUUAUUCGAAAGAGCCGGGCCGGUGCUGUUCACGGCCGUGCAUCCGUUCCUCUACUUCAUCGUCGACGCCGAAACCUCGGUGGCCUUAAUCGCCGGCCGUGUCAACGAUCCUCUGAAUUCACGGAUCCUUUAGCGUCCGCGUGGCCCACCGACGAUCAACUUACCGGAUGUCGUCGGAUCAU